CACAACGGCCUUCUUCAUCUCGCCCUUCAAAACGCGCCCGAUCUACGUCAGCCGAACAACAACUAGUUGAUGAAGUCGAAACCGUCCCCCAAAGUCCUCAUCCUGCGUCUCAACCAGACCAAACGGACCGAGCUCGAUCUCCGAAGUGGGCUCCGCCUUUGAUCUUCAAUGACCGAAACAUCAAAGCCACUGACUCGGUCGUGGCUGAAAAAGACCAUCAACUGGCCUUUAAUCUGGCCAAAAGUGUGUGCCUCCCCAAGGACAUGGAGCACCACUUGAAGCAACUGAACACCGAAAUGAAAUCAAUUCGGUCUGCUUCCAAGUCCAUGAUCUUGGCCUUGCAAAAGAACAAUGUCACUUAUAGGAAAGUCCAAGAACUCCGCAAAACCACAAGGCAGGCGAUGGCGGAAGCCGAAGCAAAGUCGGCCGAACUACUUCAAGCCGAAAAGAGAAUGGCCGAGCUAGAAGCGGAGAACGGCCGUCUUGCCGAUCUAGUUAAUUCGGCAGAAGCGGAGAAGCAGAAAGCUGCCAUCGUUAUGAAGGACAAGUAUUUGCGGGAGUUUUUGAAGCUUGAGAAGAGAAAGGACGCCGAGAUAAGCGAACUGAAAAAGAACAUGGAGGCGGUCGACAAGGGGGGGUACAAGCGAGGUUUCAAGGAGGCAGAGGCAGCCUACGUCAAGCAAUGCGAUGCCGCCAAGGAGCUUUUCUUCAAGUGCGGCUGGAGGGCGGCU